AUGGGUUCACAAACCUUGGAGAUAUUACGCCAGGGCGUGUGGGCCUCGCUGACCGGUGGCUGGUUCUACGAUCCGCAUCAGGGCGUCUUCUGUAAUGUAGUCCACCUCUAUUUAUGGCUAUAUCUGCUGUGCUCACCAUUUGUCGCCUAUUUGUAUUUCCCAAGUACUUUGCUAACAUGGUGUAUUUACUGUGCGCUCACAAGCCUCACCAUAUUGUUGGUGAAGCUGGCCAAUAUGGCGCUGCAUCGACUCUACGAUCGAGCGCAAACCAUGUCGGAGGCGAAUCUCAAGAAUCCAUUUUUCAAAAUAACCAAGGAAACUGAAACGCGUGAGAAUGAGACGGGCAUCGAAAUGAAAGUUAUGCGCAACGAUGGCUCACGCAAUUCUGUGGAGCAGGCCAUCAACGAGGCCAGUGAAGAGAACAGCAUGAUGUCAAUGGAGAAUGUGAAUAGCAUAAUCGACCUCAAAGUGGACGUACAUCGCAAAAACAGCUCCGAGUCCAUCGAAAUGUUAUUCUAUCCCCCCUCCGUAAUUUCUGGCAACAGCCAGCAAGAUCAACAAUCUCUCGCCGGUUCGCUGAGUGUUACGAAAUCCAUACGUUCCACGAAUGCUCCCGCCGCCGGCGGCCUCAGCGUCUAUCCGGAGCAUGAAAGCGAACAUUUGAACGCUUGCAUCAGCGACGGGACCGCACACCAUAGCAGCGCUGCCGCUCCCGGCAGUAGCAGCAACAUCACCACCACACGCCACUUGCCACACCUACUACGCAAAUCAUCGGAAGAAUUUAAACGCCGCCAUCAGCGUCGUCGACUCGAACGUCAGGGUAGCCUAGACGCGGGCGCCGAAUCGUGCAUUGCCACGAAACUUAUUCGCAAUCAGUCUGAUACUAUUGCAACAAGUGUUGCCACAGCGCGCAACGAAACCUUCCUGCAUCCACAAAGUGGCCAAACAGCUACAGCUGCCGGUGUGGUGGGCAAAUCAGCAUCAGCAACAAAAAUGUCUACUGCUGCUGUCGCACAUCGAACUGCCACAACGAACUUUUCUACCACAGCAACGCUGACGCUCACCACCACAAACGCAACAUCAGCUAUCCCAACAACGAAUAUGUCGAGUUCCUCGGGCGGCGCCAUGUUGCCAUCUGCCCAUAAAAAUACACGGUUGCAGCGUCACCGCAGCUCUGAGACACAUGACGAACGCGUCAAGCAACAAAAUCGCCUCUUCCUGCCCAUUCACCACGAACAUCAGCCGCAUCACGCGUCCAGUGGCGCGAGUAGUAGCAGUGCGCUGGCUGGAAUAGGCGGCGGUGAUAUACUGGACGAUGAUGAACUGGACUUAAGUGGACUAGGCGGCAGCGCAACUGGCGUGUCGGGACAUAUGGAUACACGUGUGCGCGCGCUGCAGUCCUGGAUUUUGGGCUCCUCCUCUGAUGUCUACAUUGAAGACGACAGCUACACGAAGUCUGAUUUCGGUAUAGAACAACUCGACUGCCGCAACGAUAACCGCGCCGCCUUCUUACUGCAGCAACAACAGCCCUUCAACUCGCAUUAUCCACAUCAUCAGCCGCAGUUCUACCGCGCGCCACAUCACCACCACCAUCAUCAUCACCACGGAGUCGCCAACAUACGCAAAGACUCAAGCAGCACCAUGUCGGCGCUCCAGCUUCCCGUCGGCAAUGCCAAGUCGGGAGCGGGCGGCAGCGGAGGCAGCGGCAGCGGUAUGAAAAGACGACGACAUUCCAACGCGACUACCCUGUACAAAAGUGGCGUAGGUAGUGGUGGGGGUGGUCCGAAUCAUACGCUAUCCGGCGCUUUAGCCGCCGCAGCGCUUUCUUCGGGUCAGCAGCCGACGGUGCGUCGAAUUAAAAGUGCCGCACUCGAAAUCUCCUGCCCGCGCCCCUCCGUAUCGAACCUAAGCCCACACCCGAACAGCGUGGAGGCGAUAAAUGGAGAGCAAAUGAUAAAGAACCCGCAGUCGGCACUCUUGCCGCCGCCCAGCAAGUGUUUGGUGCGCAACCCGCAUUUGAAUCUGUGUCCAAAAUUCGGCGGCAGCUUUGGUGGCGCCAGCAGCAGCAGCGGUGGCAGUAGCAGUUUAAAUUUCGGCACAAGCGGUUCUACCACGGCGCUCAUUGAGCCGGUGUCGCCUAUCGUAGAGCAGUCGGACGAGCGCGCCUCGUCGCUAGAUGUGGAGCCCCAACGCAGUGAGUGCGCGCUGGAGCUCAACGAUGCCGAGCUGGUUGAAUGUGGUGGCCUUGAAAAUGAGGAGGACGAGGACGAGGCAGACAUUGAGGAUGGUCAUGAGGAAAACGAGGGCAUAGAGCUGGACGAUGACAACGUCGAUGACGUGGUGGACGAUGUACCAAUACGUCACAGACGCAAAGCGUUGGGCUGUCAUCAUCACAGCGCAGAGUCUGACGUCGGAAAUAUACUGGCAGAUGAUGAUGACGAUGAGGUAGAUAACGACGAGGAUGACGAGUUCAAGGACUUCGAUGACGACUUGGAGCACGCGCUCAGCAUAGAAAUAAAACCUUCAGUUUGCGAAGCGCAGCCUGUAAACCAGCCAAAGACGGAUUUUACUGACGACUUCGAUCACAUACUCAACGGCCUGGAGCAAAUCCAGCAGGAUUUGAAACGCUCUGCGGCGGAGAACAACCGGAAGGCACAUGUCUAUGCGCCCGACAGCGAGGACGACAUCGAUGAGCCUGCGACAAAGCAGCGGCAGCCAGUGCGUUCGCCACCCGCACGCGCGGCCGUCACACAUGCGCAGGACGAUGAAAAGCCGUCAACCUCGCAGUCCUUACGUCAACGCCUACAUUCCACUGAUUCGGAGACGGACAACAACGGCUCACGCUCGCCGCUGCUCAGUGGUAAAUCCUGGCAGCAAACUAAUGCCAAAGUCAAGGCUGCUGAGCAGGACAUGUACAUGGAAAUAGCGGCGCUGCAGAAGCACAAAAAUUUGGCUAGUCAACACGUCAGUGUAGGAAUCGGCGCCCCUCAACACGCUUACGGGAUGCGGCCGCAGCAUGCCGCGCGCGGCGAAGGCGAUUCCGGCUGCCCAUCUAGCGACUGUGAGCAAGUGAGCGCCAGCUCGAAGGACAUGCUGCUCUCGGGCAUGGAGGCGGCAGUAAGCGUCACAUCGCCGAAGGUGAAGGUGGACGCGCUAAAGACGAAGAAAGAUCUGGAAGAAGGCCUGGAGUGCGGCAGAAAGCAGACACCAAACAUAGGAGGGGGCACCGGCAAUGGCAAAAAUCUGGGUGCAAUACCAAAGGUCGUAAAAUAUCGCGAGGUGAACGAGACAAUGCAUGGCAACACUGGCGGCUCUCAACUUCACAAACGUCGCGUCGGCAGUGGCGGCGGUGCCUCUACGAGCACAGAAAUGUCGCUGGUGCCAUUCAAUUCGCAGCAUAGCACCACUUCAAAAGCGGCCUCGCGCACCUCAUCCUCUACGUCGUCGCGCAGCAUCAGUGCCGACUCGUUCUCGGCGGACAUUCACAAAAUGCUCUGGCUGAUGACCGAACACGGCCGCUCUGAGGGCGCACAGCAGGGCAUAACUCCAGCUAUCGGAGGCAUAGCAGGCGCGUCAAACACAAGCGCAAUCGGCUUCGGUGCUACCGCGCCCGGCAACAUGUCCAGCGCGCACUUCCAGUUCUACCAGGACGCAAUACAGGCGCUCAAUACUUACCCUGCCACCUCCACAGACGGCCUCUCGGUGGCGGACCGCACGUACUAUCGCGACAAGGUGCGGCGCAACUCGAAGCAAAUAUCAGAGCCUGGCAACUCCUCUAUCGGCGACUACUCGCACGCGCAUGAACUGCAAUCGGCACAGCUGAGCAGCCAAUCAGGCGCAACGACGGCGCCCAUUCGCAAUCUGCACCCGCCGCUCGGAGUCGUGGUCGCUUCGUCAUCAUUAAACGCGCGCACUGUCUACAACGGUGCGGGACUCUCCAUACAAGGGCUCAUCAACGUACUAAACGACGAGGGCCAACAGCGAUCAUCGCAGGCGCGCUCGGGCAGUGGCAGCAACACCACUGGAGCAGGCGCGGCCAUACUCAACAUGGAUGGGCAUCACAUUGAAAGCUACUGCGACUACUGGCGCCCCGCCUGCAUGCUAUCGACCGAAAAGCCGGUGGCGCCGAAGAGCUACUACAAGUACCGCUUCAAAUGUUGCGGCUACGAGCACGAAUUCAAAAUCUCAAUGGACCGCCUGGAGCUGCUGGCGCUCUUCGACCGCGAUCUGCACUGGCUGCACAUAGUGUUGGCGGUGUUGUUGUGCGCGGCGGUCGCCUACCUCGGCGCCACCAUACUCCAACUGGGCUACUACAAGGACCUGUGUGCCUUUCUCUUCUGUGCCGUCAUAGCGAGCGCGCAGUACUCAUUGGUGAAGAGCGUUCAGCCAGACGCGGCGUCGCCCAUACACGGCUUCAACAAGACGGUGGCCUAUUCGCGCGCCAUCUACUUCUGCAUUUGUAGUGGGAUACUGUUGCUUUGCGAGCGGCUCAAGCGUGAGUACGAGCAGCAGCGCGCACCGCCGGAAGAGUUGAACUUUUUCGGUAUCCGCUAUUCGCCGCUGUUGUUGACCGCAACUGUACUCCAAAUAAUGUACGUCUUCCUACUAUGCUUCCCGAUAAUCUUCUCGCUGGGGCUGUGUCCGCAGAUAAACACGUUUCUGAUGUAUCUGCUGGAGCAAAUCGACAUGCACGUCUUCGGCGGCAAUGCCGCUGGCAGUCUCUUAGGCUCAUUUCUCUGCGUACUGCGCUCCAUUCUUGGCGUCAUGCUGCUCUACGGGCCACUGUACAGCGCGCUGGCCGAGGGUCGCGGCACCCAAUUCAUUGUUUUCUCCCUAUUCUGCGCCAUACUCGUGCCGCUGGGCUACCACCUCUCGCGGUCCGCCAGCGACUUCAGCCACCUGUGGGCGCUCAUUAAGAACUGCAUUGUCAGCACCUACCACGAUGACGACGAUGACGAUGAGCUGAGCGCCGCUACCAUUAAUGGCAGCGUAGCGAGUAGCCAAAAACUCACCACAAACACCACGCUCAAAGGACGCACGAAAAGCACGAGCGCGCGCCAGGAACAAAUUGAAAUGUCCGCGAUAGACGAUAAGAUGGCGGCUGAAGGUAGUGAGCGCGCGGAGAUCGAUCGCACAAAUCUCGAAAUAGAGCGCAAGAGCAGCAAAUCGAAGGCGUCUUCGCUGGCGAGCAGCAGUCAAACGCUUGCAAAAACCCUGUCUAGCAACAAAAAGGGCAUGACCACUUCGAACUCUUAUAUCUCAGUGGCGAAUGGUAGCGCGACCGGCAUGGAAAGCGCACAUAAUGGCGCAACGUGUACAGAAAAUGCAAGCGGCGUGCAAUUACUGGAAAAUGAGAAUCUGGAUUUAGGAACGGAGACCGCAGCAACUACGCCUACCAACGCGCCUAUUGGCCACGGCGGUUCCAAGGAACGAGUGCAGCAGCACACACUAACAACUUCAGUGGAGGCCCCUCCAACACAGCCAGCACAGGUUGCCAUUUCCUCCACAGCCGACAUGGAGGCUGAGGAGAUCGCACCCCCAGCAGCUGAUGAGGAUGACAAAAUGUCCAGCUCUUCGACCACCAAUCCGGGCGACAUGUCCACACUCACCGCUGGUGGCGUGUGCGCCGACGUGGAUACGGGCGCAUUGGCAGCCAGCGCCGCCAAUGCGAGCGGUGCAGACAAUGAUAGCGAUUCGCCCGAUCCACUACCCAAGAAGCUGCAGGCUACCGUGAAUAUGCGCCUCAAGAAUGAUCUGGUGGUGACAACGCUGCUAGCGGCCAUCGUCUUCGGCCUGCAUUGCAGUACCGUCUUCACAGUGCUGCAGCCUGAUCUCAACAUUGUGCUGUAUGCGUUCACAGGCGGCCUGGGCCUGCUGCUGCACUACAUCAUCCCGCAGAUGCGCAAACAUAUGCCAUGGCUAUGCUUCGCGCGCCCCAUACUGCGGCAGAAGGAGUACGGCCAGUUCGAGGUAUCGCACGCGCCGAAGGUGAUGUGGUUUGAGAAGGUGUACAUCUACCUGUGCAUGCUGGAGCGGAAUGUAAUGUUUCCGUUGCUGGCUAUCUCGGCGGUGACUGCGGACGCCCAGAUCGUUGUCAACAAAUUCGGCAUUGCUUGGGGCACGCUAGUGGUGGCGGUUUGUGCUCUGAAACUGAUGCGCAACGCUUAUUCGGAUCCCACAAACCAGUAUCUGAUUGUGAUGUUCACCGUGUUGUUCUUUCGGUACGAUUUUGCCUUUGCAAGCGAAACGUUCCUGAUCGAUUACUUCUUUAUGUCGCUAGCCUUCCGCAAAUGCUGUGAUUUUCUGCUAAAGCUACAAUUCAUCGUUACCUACAUCGCGCCCUGGCAAAUAACCUGGGGCUCGGCCUUCCACGCUUUCGCCCAGCCAUUCAGCGUUCCACACUCUGCCAUGCUCUUCCUGCAGGCCGGCGUCUCGGCCAUACUCUCCACGCCACUCAAUCCCUUCCUCGGCAGCGCCAUCUUUCUCACCUCCUACGUGCGUCCGAUCAAAUUCUGGGAGCGCGACUACAAUACUCGCCGCAUCGAUCAUUCCAAUACGCGCUUGAGCUCACAGCUGGAGCGCGAUUUGGGCGCGGACGAUAACAACUUGAACAGCAUUUUUUAUGAGCAUUUGACGCGCUCACUACAGCACUCGCUGUGCGGCGAUCUGCUAAUGGGUCGUUGGGGCAAUGUCAAUCAAGGCGACUGUUUCGUACUCGCCUCGGACUACCUUAACUGCCUGGUGCACAUUAUCGAGCUGGGCAAUGGGCUGUGUACCUUUCAAAUGCGCGGCUUGGAAUUUCGUGGCACAUACUGUCAGCAGCGUGAGGUGGAGGCCAUCACCGAGGAUGUGGAGGACAACGACGGAUGCUGCUGCUGUGAUCCGGGUCACUUGCCGCGCAUGCUGAGCGUGAAUGCGAUGUUCUCCACACGCUGGCUGGCCUGGCAGGUGGUGGCGGCGCAGUAUGUGCUGGAGGGCUACUCGAUAUCGGAUAACUUGGCGAGCGCUACGCUGCAGGUCUUUGAAUACCGUAAGGUGCUCAUCACCUACUACAUAAAGAGCAUCAUUUACUACGUCAUCAAGAAUCCCAAGCUCGAGCAGUGGCUUGCCUCAGCGCCCAUCCAGGAGGCUCUGCAGCACACACUUAGCCGCCAGUUUGUCGAUCUCGAUCCCAUUUUUAACUACAAUCUCGAUGAGGACUUCGAUUUCCGCGCUGUUGGCAUCACGCGCUCCAGUUUCUGCUACGUCUACCUCAGCUGGAUCAACUACUGCUACGACAAGCGCAAAGAAAAUCUGAACCCCACAGUGCCCGCAGCCUCUGCGCCCAAUACCGCCAGCACAGCGGCCAGCGCGCCGCCACCGCCUCACACGCCUACUAACAACACCAGCAACGCCUACAAUGACUCGAAGAGCACUCCCAAUCUCUCCACCACCGCCACAACCACUGCAAGCAAGUCACAGUCACAACAGCAGCUGCGCACGCGCCCGCAGAAGAGCGCAACCAUGAGCGGCAGCACAACGAUCAACUCGUCGGAACAUAUCGCCAUCCAAUAGUUUCACUUUGUUUGGCUUUGGGGUUGCUGGCGCGGCGAUCGCUGGCCAACGCGUCGCACAGUUCUCUCACCGGCGUGGAAUUCUUCUUGCAUGGCCUGCACCAGCUAUUUAAGGGCGACUUUCGCAUUCAAUCGCCGCGCGAUGAGUGGGUUUUCGCCGACAUGGAACUGCUGCAUGCCGUUGUGGCGCCCGCAGUAAAGAUGGCGCUAAAGCUGCAGCAAGACCACAUUUCGAACCCAGAUGAGUUUCACUACCCGGACGCUCUGUACGAGGCGAUUGACACCUGUGCCAAGGAUUUGGUGAUAUCGCACGAGGCGGAUCCAGUUUGGCGCAGCGCGGUGCUUAGAGGCGCGCCCAACUUGCUCGCAUUGCGACAUGUCAUGGAGGAUGGCUCUGACGAGUACCGCAUCAUCAGGCUGACGAAACGCUUCCUUAGCUUCCGCGUCAUCAAGCUGAAUCGCGAGUGUGUGCGCGGCCUCUGGGCGGGGCAGCAGCAGGAGCUCAUAUAUCUGCGCAACCGCAAUCCUGAGCGAGGCAGCAUACAAAACGCCAAGCAAGCGCUGCGGAACAUCAUCAACUCCAGCUGUGAUCAGCCCAUCGGCUACCCUAUUUACGUUUCGCCGCUCACGACCUCCUACGCCGAUACGAAUGAGCAGCUCUGUAAGGUCAUCGGCGGCGCUAUCACACUCGAAUCCAUCAAAUCGAACGUGCUGGAUUGGUGGCAGCGAAUACGCGAGCGCUGUCGGCAAGGUUGUAGCUCUGGCUCGGCGAUGGAGACUUCCAACCUUGGCAUCGGUGCCGCCGGCGGCAUGGGUAGCGCAACAGUUGGCAGCGGGGAGUCUGGUGGUGAAAUUGCACCCAUUUACAUCUCAGCGCCACUCUACAACACCCUUACAGUGGGCAGUCUCUUUAGCUGUCGGCCAGUGCACGGCGUCACAGUGCCCACUAGCAUAGGUGGCAGUCUCGGCACGCAGUUCGGCAGUGAUGGCGCGGUGGUGACGCCACUGUGGCGCUGUCCCGUGGUGACUGCAAAGCCUGCGCUGCUCGCUGGACUGCUGAAUCGGGAACGCGAGCAAGAGCACGAACGCGAGCGCGAGCGCGAACAGUUGCGCGGUGUAGGCAUACGCGUAUCGCAUUCGUUAUCGCGUACUGAACGCGAACGCCGUGUAACACUGCCAAUAGCCAGCACCAGUAGCGGUGGCGGUGGCGCAAGUGUAGCUGAAGCCAACAACAGUCCAGCAACGAAAUCGGCCGAAUCGGCACGGCAGCUGGAGCCACAUGCUGGCAUCAGUGGCAUGGAGUUGCAGCCUGGGAGUAGCAGUCCACGGUACACAAAGAUAUCAAGCUCCUCGGGCAGCCUCGGCAUUGGCAGCAUCAUAACGACGCCCGGUGACUAUCCACGCAAAUCGAAGGGGCCAAUCAGUCUGACGGCAGCAGCGGCGCUGGCUGCUAACGAGCGCAGCGGUGUGCCAGAGAUUUGCGGCAAGUCGAACAGCGCCGACAUGGUGGCUUCGCUGGCGGCUGCGGGUCACGUGCCGCGCAUUGGGCUCUACAAGAAAGUCGUCAUCAUCGAUGACUUUGAGAUCUUCGACCGCAUUGACGUCGGCCGGCGUUUCAAUAUGUUUUGGCCCAGCGAAGAAAUGCGCGCAAAAGGUGGUCGCUCGGCCUGGAAAGAUUGGCUGCCCUGUAUCGGCAUGGUUGGUUAUGUGGUGCACUUCUGGAUGCCCGGCCAUCGCGAUCUGCUUUUCCGUUCGCCCUUCAGCCGCGUGGUCUACCUAGUCGCCAUGAAUGGCUACUAUGUACCAGUCGGUGAGUUCGGCAUACGCGAAUACGAUCCCGUACGCGACGGUGAUGACGGACUGAGCGAAGAGGAGGAAAUGGCCACUGCUGCGGCGGGCGUGCUGGUCGCGAUGCGCGCGGUAAAUGCGCGUCGCAGCUCCAUGCAGCACGAGUUGCACGAAUUUGAUGAAUUGCAGCAGGAGCGCGAGCGCGGGCGUGGCGAAGGACUCACUCCCAUACUGGGCAGCAGUCUCGAAUCGCCCACCUCGCAUCUGAUGGGCAGCAGCGUACUAAGUGGUGCGGGAGCAGAUGUGGACACGUACACGGACGACGACGCAAAGGCUGUCGCAGCGGAGGAAAACUGCGCAGCUAACACAGAAAUAGCGAGCGUUAGUGGUAUAGGAGCCACGCCGGCGGGUAUGAGUACCGCGCAUGUGCAGAUGCGCGCGGUGAGCAGCAGCAGCUCCGAAGACGAAGCUGAGCUGCUAAACUAUGAAAUGCAGCGACGUGAGCAAUUCUUUAAUAUGUGGAAGCUAAUGUCGGAGCACAAAGACGCCGAGCUGAAGGAGGCGGAGAAGGCAAAGCGUGAAGAGCGCGCGGAGGAGAGCAAAGAGCGUACGCAGAGUGAGGCGGUAAAGGCGGCGCAAGAAGCCACACCGACGACGGGGUGUGAAACAAAAGCAGAGACAAGUAUGGAGAACGCUGCGGCAGCGACGGCUGUGUGCUCAGUUGAGACAGAGAAUAAAAAGGUUGAGGCAGAGGGUGUGGCGGUAGAGCAACAAGGCAAGGCGUAUGUGGCGCAGUUGGAACGCGACUCGCUGCCGGAAUGCAGCGACGUUUAGCAGCAGCUGUGGGUGCUGUUCGUUUGCGGUUGUUGAACUGAAAAAUUUACAAAGUUGUUGAAUUUAAACGCCGAAAUGGCGCCUUCAUAUGGCAGCCUAGAAAAGCGGUAAAAACAAAAGAGAUAAAAAACCACUAGUACGUAAGAUUUA